CCGCAGGCGACGGUCGUUGAGGGAAAGGCCACUACACCACCGCCGAGGCGACCGGGAUCCCGCGGUCACUGUCAGCCUUGGAGUCCCCAUCUCUUCGUCACCGGCUCCGUUGCGUGCGACGUUACGUCAUGAAGCGACCACAGCUGGUUCUGUGCGGCCUUCUCCUCUGCCUGCUGGCCCCGUCCGGCAGUUCCGAGUCGAGCACGUCCGACAACAGCGCGGUCGAAGGAUCCCUGCACAGGGUCCCGCUCUCGGCGCUGCAGACCUCCGAGUCCGUCGCGUACCACGUGCCGGCCAACCCGCCUAGCAUCAACAACGGCGGAGGCGGCUCCGGGGGCGGCGGCGGCAGCGGCGGCUCGCACCACCACUCCCUCUACCAACCGCAGACGACCGUGUCGCCGAACCGGCGGUUCCCGGCCAUCGCCAUGUUGUUCCCGACGACGCUCACCCCGUUCUCGUCGCACAACUCGUCGCCUUCGUACGUCCACCACCACCUCCGAGGCGAGUCCUCGUCCAUGGGCGCUUCCAAGUACCACAGCGCGGAGCAGUACGAGCCGGUGCCGCCGCGGCGACCCCAGGUCGUGACCCAGUACGGCGGCGGCGAGCUGUCGCGACCGCUGCGCCGCGAGCCGCAGCACAUCUACGGAUCGCUGUCCAAGGCCCAGUCUCCGUACAGCUACGCUCCCGGGAGUCCGCUCGACAUCGUCGAAAAGAGGCCGCAGGAAGUCAGCUACGACGUCCCUCCACCGGUCGUGCCGGACACGCCCCCGCGCUACCUGUACGAGCGCCCGCUCAUCGACCACGAACGCCCGACCCACGCGCGCCCUCUGACCUCCAUGGUCGACGGACCCCAGUACUCGGACCACGGUAGGCCGGAACGGCCUCCGCAGAUGCAGCAGCAGCAGCAACAGCAGCAGCAGUCGGCGCCGCAGUCCCUCCCACCGCAGCAGACCACCCUGUACGGCUCGCCCAAGUUCUCCAGCUCGUCGCAGCUCAGGUCCGGCGGCCAGUACCCGCAGCUGGUCACCGAGAAGCCGGCGCCCUCCGCCCCGCAGCCGCCGCCGAGCUACGUCAGGCCCAUCAAGUACGCCAGCAGCGGGUCUCCGUCCCAGUCGCCGUCUUCGUCGAGCGGUUCGGGUAGCGGCAACGGCGGAUCGAGCGGCGGAGCGGACGACGUCUACGGAGUGCAGCCGUCGGCGUACCACCACAGGGGCGGCGGGGGCUCCAGGCAGGAGCUCUCGCAGCACCAGCAGCCCGAGUCCCGCGUUCCCGACCAGGAGGAACAGCCGCAGCAGCAGCCGCCCCGGAAGCUGCAUCCGCAGGCGGAGGCUAGUCCCAUGUACGCCCGCUACCCCAAGAACUCUCAGGAGAACACCCGCUUGGAGGACUCUCCGUCGGCGGAGAAGCAGACCCCGUCGUACCAGAACUACCCGGUGGGCCUGUACGGCUCCGGAGGAUCGGACGGAGGCCGGAACACGAGGCGGCGGUACAACCUGGUGUACAUCCCCGUCGACGUCCUGAAGAAGCUCCUCACUGAGGCAGGCUACAGGAGGAAGAAGUAGCGGGCACCGCAGCGCUGUGCACGAUGGUCUUGAGGGGGAAAAAAAAGAAAGGAGGAGAAAAAAAAAACCGAAGAAAAAGCGCGAACUUUUGGACUUGAAAGUGGGCCGGUGAUCGAACGUGUGUCUUCGUGUUUUGUUUUGUGUGAUUAUGAUUAUUAUUAUUAUUUUAUUAAUAUUAUUAUUAUUUUUCGUACGUUGCAGUAUGGUUACGUGGUGGACUUUAGUCGCGCGCACCUCUCCCACCCCCAACCUCCACAUAGGUUGCGAGACGUCAGUCGAAGAAGGGAGAAAGAAGCGGGCAAGCAGCCUUCCUGGACGUGGGUCACGAGACCGGCACUGACUGCCAGCAUCGACAACAUUCGUGAUAGUCGCCUAGAAUCGGCAGCUGAGACUUAGUGGCCGCGUCGCCGAUUUGGACUUCAUACAGGACAAAACACGGUGCUCGUCAGACUUCACGAGCUUAUAUUUCUGUUCAGGCUCUCAAUCCAAUGUUACGCCGAUCAUCGAUUAAGUAUUGGUGCAAGUGCGUGUAGACCAAGCAAGUCACUUCGCUCUGUGCAGUUAAAACAGUGUUUUUACAGCCCUUAGUAUUGCGGAAACAGACCAUAGUAGCUUAUCACGUGCAAUGUAUACACUCACGACCAAUCCGCUUCUAAGUGAGUCAGUUUACUUUGUUAUCUUUAGUCAGUCUUCGAAAUCCUAACUAUAGGAUACUCCAAAAGGGUGCGUUCGUCUGAAAUCAUAGAAGACCGCUCUCCCAAGUAAAGGUAGGAUAAAGUGGGAGGGCCUUAAAGGUCAUGAGAGCAGUUGCAGCCGCUCCGUUCAUUGCGAAGUAUGCAUCAAACACGUGGUUUGACACAUGUUGCCUUUAUAGUAGGUGCCUCAGCUUCAGAUCUUCCUUGCCCAUUGUUUGUGGACGCUGGUCAUAUCUGGUAGGCGUCACCAAACAGGUGCUCCAUGAGUGACUGUCUGUCUUCAGUUAUAUACUUCAUCUAGCCGAACGGGUUUUCGCUUCACUGGAUGACGCAUGCACUAACGCAUGCCUUCGCAUGCGUUACAUUGCACUUACUUGCUUGAAAUGUUCGUGACGUCCUCGAGGGAAACCGAGGACGGUUUGUAAAAAAAAGAAGAGAACCUUCGCGGCUCUGUUAAUCAGGGAGCGACUGACACAGCACGGUAUGCGAACAGCCUCAUCUCGAGUCACUCGGCAGAAGUGCUGCCACAUUUUUUUUGCUUGUACAAAUAAAGUGGACGAUGUCACAGUGA